AUGCGGCAAAGCGGAAUAGAAAAGCACGGACGAGCCACAUGCAGGGAAACUUGCACGUGUGGUUCUGGCCGGGGACCCCGGUAUAUUGUACUAAUAUGUGUAGGUCCCCGUAAUUCGAGUGAGAUUGUCAUGGCGCAAAAGCAGAUAUGGUCCGAUAUUCCCUUGUUCCCUGUAUUGGUUAUGUUCUUUAUUUCUUGUCUAGCAGAAACUAAUCGAGCUCCGUUUGAUCUCCCAGAAGCGGAAGCUGAAUCAGUUGUAGGCUAUAAUGUAGAAUAUACGCAGGAUGCGAUCCUUAAUAGUUCACUGUUGGUGGAAGCCAAUGUCCCGGCGUCCCGGGGACUCAUUCUGACUGAAACAAAGGUCGAUAUCUUACCUUUUAAAGCGGGUAUAAGAAUGGGAAGUCGGGAUAUCCCAAUCUUCCAGCUCUCAAGCAGUUCAAAAGAUUCAUCCAUCAUUCAAUCCCCUUUGCUCCUGCUUUCAUCUACCCCUAUGCUUCUGCUUUCUUCGUCUAUGCCUAUGCCUCCAGGGAUGGAUCCAAUUUCCUGUCCUUUUUUGGAAUCGUUGAUACAUAUGUUAUGUUAUGAUGGCUUCGGAUGA